AUGCAAACUGAGAAAGGCAUAUUCGUGAAAGAAGGAACUGGAAAAAAUUAUGCAAACAUGAUACCGCGAAAGGAGUGUCCCGGAUGGGAAAUCUUCAACGAUGCGGUCAAGGAUGUUUGCACCAAGAAAAAGUGGAAUAUUAACAAGAUGUUAAUUGGUCUAGACCAUGCUCUCGAGAUCCAAGAUGAAGUUGGGACCAUCUCCAUGGAGGACUGCAUUAUGAAUAAGUUCAAGCCUCUUGAUUUAGAGGAUGAUGUUUUUCUUUCUGAUGUAAUGGAUGACAAUGAUGUAUUCCUUUUCAAGUUUAAUGCAAUAAACGCAAACUUUGUUUAUUUGUUUGAUGUUUUUCCUGAUGGAAGCAUUUGCGCAUUAGAUUAUUUGCAUAGCAUAUUUCAUAUCAAUUCUAUGGAACACAUUUUAUUUAAUUUGGGUACAAUUGAAAAUCCUAGGGAAAUACUCUUAGGUGGCAAUUGCACUCCUGAAUUUAGAGAGAGACAUGAGAGAAUUUUAAAAGAAAAAGAAAUAGCUUUUGCAUGGACUUAUGAAGAUAUGCCAGGAAUAGAUCGAGAUAUUGCUCAACAUUACAUUCCAACACAUGACCAUGUUAAACCAGUCAAACAAAAGCUUAGGCGUAUGAAACCAGAAUGGGCACAAAAAGUUAAAAAUGAAGUAGAAAAACAAAUAAAAGAAGGUUUUCUUGAAGUGAUCGAUUAUCCAGAGUGGCUAGCCAAUAUUGUUCCGGUACCUAAAAAGAAUGGAAAAGUUAGGAUGUGUGUGGAUUAUAGGGACCUCAAUAAAGCCUCUCCAAAGGAUGAUUUUUCAUUGCCUCACAUUGAUGUUCUGGUUGACUCAGCUGCAGAAAUGUUGUGGUACGCUUGCUGUGAUGGUUUUUCAGGUUACAAUCAAAUACUAACUGCCCAAAUCCAUAAAGCCAAGACAUCAUUCAUUACUGAAUGGGGAACAUUUUGCUACAAAGUUAUGCCGUUUGGAUUAAAGAAUGCAGGAGCCACUUACCAACGGGCUGUGACGACACUAUUUCAUGAUAUGAUGCAUAAAGAAGUGGAGAUUUAUGUCGAUGAUAUGGUAGUAAAAGCAAAGUCUGAAGAGGAAUACUUUGAAGCCCUUGAAAAGUUUUUAGAUAGGGUUAUCAAAUACAACCUUAGACUAAAUCCCAAAAAGUGUAUUUUUGGUGUGGGAUCUUGUAAAUUACUAGGAUAUGUGGUGAGCCAAAGAGGAAAAAAGAUUGAUCCCGAUAAAGAAAAAGCUAUAAAAGAAAUGCCGGCCCCAAAGACGGAAACUGAGGUUAGAGGAUUUCUAGGAAGAUUGCAAUAUAUCAGCAGAUUUAUAGCCAAAUUAACAACCGUGUGUGGUCCAAUUUUCAAAUUGCUAAGAAAGAAUCAGCCAAUGAUAUGGACAAAACAGUGUCAAGAAGCAUUUGAUAAGAUCAAAGACUAUUUGUCUAAUCCUCCGAUCCUAAAGCCUCCCAAAUCACGAAAACCUUUAACAUUGUAUCUUUCUAUAGAGGAUCAAGCAAUGGGAGCUAUGCUAGCACAAGAAGACGUGGGAUAUGUGGAGCAUGCCAACUCCAUUCUGAUAGGAAAGCUUGGGAGGUGGUUACUUCUACUGUCGGAAUUUGAUAUACAAUACAUACCCAAGAAGGUAAUUAAGGGGAGAGCUGUGGCUGACUUCCUAGCACAAAAUCCAGUAGAUGAUAGUGAAGUAAUUGACUUUUCCUUCCCAGAUGAAAACAUUAGACUAAUAGAUAUUGGAAAGUGGAAAAUGUACUUCGAUGGUGCUGCAAAUAAAAGUGGAGCUGGUAUUGGCGUCAUUUUGGUUUCCCCGGAAGGUGAAUGGAUGCCAUUAUCCAAAAGGCUAGAUUUUUGGGCCACCAACAACAUGUCUGAAUACGAAGCUUGUAUUUUUGGAUUGGAAUCAUUGAUAUCAAUAGGAAUUAAACAUGCAGAAAUUUUUGGAGAUUCCAGUCUAGUAAUAAAACAAGUGAGAAAGGAGUGGGAAAUAAAAGAAGAAAAAUUAAAACCCUAUCUCCAAUAUACUGAAGUUCUCAAGACACAUUUUGAUGUAGCUGAAUUCAAAUAUAUCCCUAGGGAAGAAAACCAGAUAGCUGAUGCUUUAGCUGGAUUAGCUUUAGUAUGGGACGAUCUUGGAAGAUUGUUUGUCAAGCCACUAGUAAUGGUAAGGAGUAAGGUUCCAUGCUUUCAAGGUGCACGAAUAUUAGACAUCACGCAAGAUGAAAAGCCUUGGUUUCAUGAUAUUUUGAGGUUCAUGCAAGAUAAACAUUAUCCAGUAGAUGCUACCACAAAGGAUAGAAAUUUGAUUCAGAAAUUGGCUCAACAAUUUUUCUUAUUACAUGGAAAACUAUAUAAACGUCAUCAUGACUUACACCUGUUGUUCAUAGAUGAAGAAAAAGCCAAACAACUUAUGGAGGAAGUUCAUUCGGGUGUUUGUGGACCUCAUAUGAACGGUAAGGAAUUAUCUCGUAAAAUCAUGUGA